AAAGGUCUUGGCGACGCUCCUGGUUUUAUCCAUAGGCAGGACACGUGCAUUUGUGAUGCAGGUUACAACUGAACUGUUUACUGGUGGUUUUUAUGUUGUGUAUUAUUUCCCUCGUCACCGACAGAGGGCCCCAAAAGACAAGUGCUGAACCCUGAGAACGUUGUGAAGCUGAAAGUGAAACCUCAGAGCAGACAGGUCUUCAGUGUGUUCGUCGGAGCAGCUAACUAUCUCUACAGCCUCAGAGGGACUCUACGGCAUGGCGUUUAUCACAGACCUCACUGUCAUUAUUGAUGAAGAUGGUUACAAAAACCCUGGAGGAUUAAUCAGGAUUCUGAAGUCUUACAGUCAUGAGAAAAAAGGCUCCUGCUACAGGGUGACAGCAGCCUUUGAGGAAGUGGAGCAGCUUUCAGACAGCCUGUCAGAAGUGAAGCCUAAUUCCAGUUCUGUCAUACGUGGACAAAUUUGUCAGCAAGAUGAACAUGCUUCAACUCAUGUCAAAUCUGUGGAUGUAUCUGGGCUUGUUAUGGCCUACAUCCAGCAAAAAUGUGCAAAAGAACUUGGAAAAAUUCAAGGGAAUGAUUUUGUCAUUGAAACACAGCCUGGCCUCAGGACAGUCCACAAUAACCCCAGCAACACAGUGCAGGUGACUUUUAAACCAUGCCAUGUCUCCAUAUACCCUGUUCAUGCAGACUAUGUCAGACAGCGAUUCAUCACAUUCUACCAGAGAACUGCCUCCGACCUGCAGGUCACAUCGGUCCCUGUGAGUCCACAUGACCACAAAGACUUGCAGAGGAGAUUUCCACAUCUCCUUUUUAAACCCAGCCACAGUAAACAUGAAACAACAGCGACUGGACCUUUUCUGCACAUCGCUAAAUUGAAAGAGUUCCUUCUACAAAACACACAAAAUGCAAUUUCAGGCAAGAGUCCGUUGAACAAAGGUCCAGCAGACACUCCCAGCAGCAGAACCUCUGGUCCUCAACCUACACACAGCAAAAAUCCUGAAGAUGAAUCAUGUCCAAUUUGUAUGGAACCAAUAGUAAAAACAGAGAAAGAGACCCUGCGGUGCAAGCACUCCUUCUGCAGAGACUGUCUGAAAAAAGCUUUUGACUACAAACCUGUAUGUCCAACAUGUGGAGAGUUGUAUGGCACUUUGACAGGGACACAACCUGAUGGAGGCAGAAUGGAUGUCACCAACAGCUCUUCAUCUUUGCCUGGAUAUGAGAAGUAUGGAACAAUAAUCAUCCAAUAUUACAUUCCAAGUGGCAUCCAAAAGGGGGAGCAUCCUAACCCUGGUCAGCCAUAUGAAGGUGUGUCCCGUACAGCCUAUCUCCCAGACUCGUCAGAGGGCAAGAGGGUCCUGAAACUGUUGAGACGGGCCUUUGAUCAGAGACUCAUCUUCACUGUUGGUCGCUCCACCACUAGUGGUAGGAACAAUACAGUGACAUGGAAUGAUAUUCACCACAAAACCUCAACGCAUGGAGGACCAACUCACUAUGGAUACCCAGAUCCUGAUUACCUCAGCCGAGUUCGAGAUGAACUGAAAGUCAAAGGAAUUGAAUAAAUCACCUUAAAGUUUUCCAAAACAUGAAUGUACUGAAGACCUAAGAUGAAGUACAACGUUAUAUACAAACACCACGCAUUUUAAAAUGCACACAUAACAUCAGAUAGAAGAAAUUAUGACACUGUCAAGGAAGGCUUAAUGUCUUUGUAACAUCACUGAUAUUCCAUUAAUAAUGACACCACCUCACAUUAGUCAUUCAUAGUUUCCUGUUUUUAUUAUAUUUUAUUUAUCACUCUUUAUUCUUUGUGGACAUUCCUCUUGGAUUAUGCUUCUCUGACUUAUUCUGUUUUACUUAUUUUUAAUGAAAUCAUUUAAAAUGGAAAAAAAUGAUAUUUGAAAAUAAACACUCAGUUCCUAUUGGUUCGUCCAAGGUUAAACUUCAUGAUGUGUUAACAGUCUAAUGUUGUAGUAGGACAAAGCUAACUGGGCUAUCAUGUUAUGUAGUUCUGGUUUUACAUAUAGAGUAGCCAUAGCCACUGCUAUGCAGAUGACACCCAAUUGUACCUCAGUACACUCAGCUCCCUCCACUGUCCCUUGUCAACUGCAUCCUUGAGAUAAAAACCUGGAUGACCACUAACCUUCUCAAACUAAACAGCAAUAAAACUGAGCUCAUGGUCGUGGCUCCCAAAGCGCUGCCCCAGAGGGUUGGAGAUCUCAUAGCCUGAGUAUCAUCCUUGACUCCACCCUGUCCUUUGAGUCACAUAUUAAAUCCUCUGAAACCCGGUCGCUCCAUUCCCCCUCCACUCCCCUGGUGUGUCACUGGCUCGGUGGGGUCAGCCUCAUGUAGGUUGACAAACAGACAUAGACAGAAAUAAAAUAAGAGUACCUCAGGAAUUAAGGUUAGAAUUUAUUGUUUGUCACAGUCUAAAUGAAAGUUUGUUGUAAUCAUCUGCAGCAUGCCAGUUUUCAUGUGUCCAUAUCUCCCCUCUCUCAGGUACCUGCCCUCUGACACGCAGAUGUGCCUGCAGCUGUUAUUGAGUUUUUCAGAUAUUCUACACAUGGUUUUCUUGAGCUUUCUUUCAGUCCGAAACCUGGUCAUUGAUGUGUACUGUAGAACAAAGACAUGAAUGACUCAGGUUUCUGUUCUGAAUGUCAAACCCUUUAUUGUGUAAACCAUUUCUUUUCUUCUUGUUGACGUUUUAUUUUUAUUUGUCAGACCCUUGAAUGUGUAUCAACUAAUCCACUGUAACCUCCUGAGCAACCUUACAGUCUAUGAAUCAUGCAUAUCAUGUAUAAAUAAUAAAUAUACAUGUAUUAAAGAGUUA